GCCGCUGCAGGCGCAGGCUUUUGUUUCCCGUUCCGGGGCAACCAUACCGUUCACAAACAAGGCAAAAAUGUUGGGCCGGCUGUCACGAAUUGGGCCCGUUUUUCCACGGUUAUGUUAUCGACUACUGGUUCGCUGCGUGUCCCAGUCGAAGCCCAGUGGAGCUGCCGGUGCGACUGCUGUGGCCGAGCUGCAGCAGGCUGCACCGAGUGACAGCCAUGGUGAGGUCAGCCCGUAUGUCAAGAAUCCAGAGUACCAUGGCUUCUCUCGCGACCCGGUGGUUGAUCAAUGGAAUAUGAGACUGGCCUUUUUCUUUGGCAUCUCUGUGUGUCUUGUCAUCGGAGGAACGUUCAUUCACUACUUACCAGACCACGGGAUGCGUCAAUGGGCCAGAAGGGAAGCUGAACGUGUGAUCCUGCAGCGAGAGAAGGAGGGUUUGCCUCUGAUAGAGGAAAACUACUAUGACCCCAGCAAAAUUAUUCUGCCCAGUGGUGGAGAGAAGUAAAAUGUACAACCAUCCAUUUAAUGUAUUUCAUGAACAUUGUAUUUUACCUGAAUACAAUAAAAGCUACUUGUUGGAUUCUUUAAA